ACUACCGAGAUCUGAAUGUGGCGCGGGGCUCUAAGUGUGAGGAGAAUCUCCGCGUUCCAAAACCUUCUAGAGACAAAACGAUAUCAAGAAGUGUCUGGGAGGCCACAGGGAAGGCCACGUUGCUCGAAUUAACCUGAAAAUCUUUCAGGUUUUAGGUGGAUUUCGUUGUGGCGAUGAAGAGAGUGAGAGGACCACGCCUGACACCCGUACGCUUGCCACCAAAUAUUACCAAAAUACAUGGAUAAAGUGCCUUACUACGGGUCAUGGUGAGAAACUGGAUCGCUCAGUGCUGUUUGCACUGCUUUAGAAAGGAGCACAUUACAAAGACCCUGAUAAAGACGUGUAACAAGGAGGGACGCAUCGAGAAACUGGCGAGGGCCAUGCAUAUAAGUGUACGGUGCUGAAAGGUGUGUGGCGUGGAGGUUCUCAGCGACUUGGGUAGUUCUGAUGUGGUAAGCGCAGGCGGGACCACCACCAUGGGCGUUGAAAGAGGACGGGCGUCGCAGAGGUCCCAUGGAGUGGCCUCACAGCGUUCCUAUGGGACUUCGUCCUCGGAAUCCCAAGACUCGCGGGAAAGGUGCAAGAACUGCUGCAGGAAAUUCGUGUCUUUCAUGUGCACGCAAGUGGGCGUGGGCGGUCUAGUGGUGUCCUACGCUAUCAUGGGCGCCUUCGCCUUCAUUGCCAUCGAGGGAAAACCCGAAUUCUGGAUGACAAACCAGACGUCGGUGAUUCACAACGACACGAUCCGCACACUCUGGAAUUACACGGAACACCUGAACGUCCUGCACAAGGACCGCUGGUACGAGGACGUCAACGAGACGCUCUACAAGUUCCAAAAGGACAUCGUGACGGUCGUCAAGAGCGGCUACGACGGCCGCUCGCACGAGGAGGUGUGGAACUUUCCCGCAUCCCUCAUGUUCUGCCUGAGCGUCUUCACCAUGAUCGGGUACGGCCACAUGACGCCCCGGACGGACUGGGGCAAAAUCGCCACUAUCCUGUACGCCGUGCUGGGCAUCCCGCUCUACAUCGUCUACUUUAUGAACAUGGGGCGCGUCUUCGCCAAGUCCUUCAAGUUCCUGUAUCGAGCGAUGUAUCGGUGCGUGAACCGCAGCAAAACAAAGACCGAGGAGGAGGGCGAGCAGCUGGGCGAAUGGGAGGAGCCCACCAUUAUCGUGCCUUCGACGGCCUGUAUCUGGGUCAUGAUCUUCUACAUGACCACGGGCACCGUCAUGUUCGCCGAGUGGGAGAACUGGUCGUACCUCAAUUCCUGCUACUUCUCCUUCACGUCUCUUGCCAAGAUCGGCAUCGGCGACUUCGUGCCCGGGUUCGGUGGCGGCGAAGCUUUCGGAGCGGCUACGGAGGACUCGCAGACUAAGCUCAUCAUAAACUUUAUGUACCUCCUGAUCGGCAUGGGCCUCAUCGCCAUGUGCUACACGCUCAUGAAGGAAGAGAUCAUGCUCCGCCUCCGUACGCUCAAGCAGGAGUUCAAGGAGAAGCUUUUCUUCUGCGGAGUCAAGCUCGGCCUCUACCAAGAGGAGCUGCCCUAUCCUGAGCCGCGGCAUCCUGCCCACGGCCGCACCAAGUCUAUUAGGAAGUCUGUCAGACGUCGGUAGUCGAACCGACUGCGAAUAUCGUCCUUUCUAUGGACGCAUGCGGUCGUCAGGCUACUCAGCUGUGCUGAUUGGUCGCCUCGCACCUGUCCGAUAUCAUAGACAUGUGCCGAAUAAACCGCAGGUUGUUUCGCCGUUGAUGUUUCCUGCCGCAGGUGUAUGCAUCGGCAGUAGGGCACACGGGCGGAGCGGCAUGCGCCUGUAUGUAUGUGUGUGUGAGAGAGGCCGCAGAUAAUAAGUUUAGCUGCGGCAGGCAUGCCAAGGUCGUGUGACAGUAACUCCCUGCUCCCCUCCUCCUCUGAGCCGCGACUGACAUCCCCUCGCCCCGGGUGGGAGGAAGGGGAAGGAAGAGGAGGGGAGAAGAAGUGACACUAAAAGAUUAUCCUUCUUGCCCUGUAUGCCCGCAGCGUACUGUAUGCUAAUGUGCACUUUGGACACAUUUAAAACUGGCACAGUCUGUGAAAUCAUUUCGUUACCACUCGACAUGUAAUUUAAAAGGGUGUUAUUCACAUCAGUUUCAAAACAAAAAUAUUUUGAGGAACACGACAAUAAAAAAGAAAGAGAAUGGAACUGUCUCUCCAAAAAGUAAAAAUCCCUGUGUAUACAUGAAUGUGCUGCAGGUGAACCCUAACAUUGGUCCGCAACACUAAGACUUGAGGCAGUGAAGUAAUGCACAGCAACGCAUUUAUCAUAAUCAAUUAGUAUGAUAUGUUCGGAACAGUUCCUGUGGACUUUCAGUACGUGUUCUCUGAAUUAUGCCAUUUAUAUUUAUAAAGAUGCCAUCGAGCUUCCUGUGAGUAGUAGUGACUGGUUAAAAGGGAUCAGCAGGUAUUAUUUUCAUGGCGCUAUUACAUGAACUCUGCGCACGUUAAUUUAUCCGUUUGUGAGGGAUAGACGGGUUAAUGUAAGGCUAGAAACCUAAAUUAACCAAUUUCUGUAUUCAUAUUUGAUCACACAUGGGAGUAGAGAGAUACGUCUACUUUUGACCAUGAACAUUAAACGAGUCUUGAAAAUAAAUUUGAUGUAUUUCUAA